AUGUCGUUUCAAUAUCCGUCUCGUACUGUGCAAAGACAUACCGCAACGUCCCCUAGCCCGCUGCGCCACGCAUCAACCCUCUCGACAGGCUCUUCUGACUACUCGAACUCCUCACAUCCAAGCCGAACGAGUACGCUCAGUUCACACGCGUCAAACGGAUACGUAAGCAGUACUUCACCGCACAGGCGCGGAGGCAGUGAAACUACCGUGACGGCCGCAUCACCGACGAGGGAUCGAGGGGACUACUUCGAACCGAAAGAUGUCAGUCCGUCUGGAGCUUACCGGUCGACGCGCGCUUCACUCCGACCAUUGUCACAAGCGCCAGCCAGCUCUCCGCCGCCUCGGGAGAAGAGCUCGACAUACUCAAGCCAUGGCCGCUCUUACAGCGUCGAUCCGGUCCCGCGACCCCAGUAUGACGCUGCAACAUCUCCGUCGCCGAAGGCAAGACCACAGAGUACCACUUUCACUAGAUCAGACUCGGCCGUCUCGACCCUCUCUGGUCACACGCACGAUCCUUUCGUCGAUAGCUCCAAUGCUCCUACGCCAGACAGACAUGACAGCCCUGCUGUUGUACCCCGCUCAGACUCGACGCGCAUGAGAGCGCACGACGUAUGGCAGACCAGAGAAGCCUCACAAGCAGCUGAUCACAACAAGUCAGCAUCGAUAACGCUCAAGUCUCGACCGCAGUCCUUGGUAUUAGCGAGAUCAGACUCCCUCCGAGCACGGCCACCCGAACAAUCGCACGAUGUCGAGCCUCCUCUACGGCUCCGCUCGAGCGAGCCGAAACCAAGGCCUCAUUCAAUAGCCAUCUCGCGGUCAGAUUCUAUCCGCCCAGCAUACGAGCGGGGCAACAGCCUAGAGCCCAUGCAAUCACCGCAAACAGAUGGUGCAACAUCACCGCCAGCCAAGUCUCGUCCCCACAGCCUAGCGAUCUCCCGGUCAGACUCCAUCCGUGCGCCUGCCCACGACAGAGCUUCUCGUGCCAACGGCAACCACCUUCACCUUCCCUCCCAGCUCGACAAAGCGGACCUCAAGACUCUUCAAAAGUCCGCAACGGGGCACCUACGUACGCUAUCAAAAUUCAGCGAAGAUGGCGAAGAAGAUUUCACGAUCAAGUCACGCGACCAGGAGGUAGUCGGCAUGCAUGGGCGUAGAAGGCUCCAGCGUUCAGGCUCCAAGCUGGGCAAGAAGACUACCACUGUCGGCUACGCGGGCCGCACAUGGAUGGACACCCAACGCCAGUUUCUUCAGGCCUACGAGUACUUGUGCCAUAUAGGCGAGGCGAAAGAAUGGAUUGAAGACAUAAUCGAACAGCCCAUCCCGCCCAUAGUGCAGCUCGAAGAGGCGCUCCGAGACGGUGUGACCCUAGCGGAAGUGGUGCAGGCGCUGCACCCGGAGCGGCCGCUCAGGAUUUUCAGGCAUCCGCGACUACAGUUCAGACACUCGGACAACAUCGCGCUGUUCUUCCGCUUCCUGGCCGAAGUUGAGCUGCCGGAGCUGUUUCGGUUCGAGCUGGUGGAUCUGUACGAGAAGAAGAAUAUCCCGAAGGUCAUCUACUGCAUCCAUGCGCUCUCCUGGCUGCUAUUCCGCAAGGGGAUCGUCGACUUCCGAAUCGGGAACCUGGUCGGUCAACUCCAGUUCGAGGACCAUGAGCUGGAGGCCAUGCAGAAGGGCCUCGACAAGUCUGGCGUAAGCAUGCCGAACUUCUCGGGCAUGAGUGCGAACUUCGGCGCGGAGCCCGAACCAGAGCCGGAACCGGUAGAGAGUGAGGAGGAGCGCAUAGGCAGGGAACUUGCCGAGAAUGAAGGCAGUGUUUUGGAUUUGCAAACCCAGAUCCGAGGCGCAAUGACCCGAAUAAAGUGUGGAGAGAUGUGGAAUGGAUUUUGUGACGCCGAAGAAGCCCUCGUACACCUACAGUCGAAGAUCCGCGGCGAUUUCGUAAGAGAAGUCAUUCGAUACCGGCUAGACAUGAAGAAGUUCGCGGUAAGCAUCCAGAGCUUAUCUAGAGGAUACCUCGUGCGUUCAAAACGGAAAGAGAAGAAGACCUACUGGAAGAACCGAGAACAGGAUGUCGUUCUGCUACAGAGUCUCGUCCGGGCUCGUAAAGCUAGGCAGGAGACACAAUUCAUCAAGUCUAGGAUACAGCGCCAGGAACAUGGCAUCCGAGACCUACAAGCUCUUUUCCGAGGUGUUCUAAAGAGAUGGGAUGUUGGCGACAAGUACUUCGAGACACGAGAGGCCGAGCCAGAAGUGCUAGAGCUACAGUCAGCGAUUCGAGGAGCUCUCGCACGAAGGAAGGUCGGCGACCAGCUCGCAGAGACACGACAAGUGCAGGCCGAGGCUGCUGUGUGUGACUUACAGUCAGCGAUACGGGCCGCGUUCGUCCGAAAGGAGAUCAAGGAGCAGAAGUCUGAAGCGAUACGGUCAGGGAAGCAGGUUCAGAUCUUCCAAGCAGCAGUCCGGGGUAUGCUUCAAAGACAAGCGUACAGGACAGACAAUGAAAGCUUGCGGCGACAUCAGUCUACGAUGUCAUUCCUGCAGGCCGCUGCGAGAGGAGCCAUCGCAAGGCAACACGAUUUUCACAUCCGGCAGAGUCUUGAGGCUCCGACAGUGCAAUGGAAGACCCUUCAAUCACACGCACGAGGCAUGAAGGUUCGAGAGUGGCAUGACGGGCUACUGCAACAGCUGUAUGCCGAGUCUCCAGCAGUGAUCGAUUUGCAAGCCAUCGCACGGGGCCUUAGGAUACGCAAAGAAACUGCUGCCCUUAUGUUGGCCUUAAGGGAACAUGAGGCUUCGACCCUGGAGCUACAGUCUAGAAUCCGCGGACAGCUAUUACGGCAGAGGCACAUCGCCACGCUGAAAGCACUUGACAAAGAAUCCAGCGCUGUUCUAGAUCUUCAACGAUUGGCUAGAGGCUCCAUGCAGCGUCAACAUACCUAUGACUUGCUCUGUGAACUUCAAAACCACGAGCCCGAGAUCAUCAGCCUCCAGUCUGCCGCGCGAUCCGCUCUCCUGAAGCGGGAGAUCGGGACCCUUCUGAUGCAGGUAGAGACAGAAGAGGAAGCGAUCAUUGACCUCCAGGCCCUCUCUCGAGGAAAGCUUAUCCGGCACAGGUUUGCAGAAAAGCAGAAGCACUACAAGGAGAAUAUGGAGAAAGUCAUCAAGAUCCAGAGCUUCAUUCGAGGCAGGCAACAAGGUGAAGCGUACAAGAGCUUGACCAGUGGCAAGAAUCCUCCUGUUGGAACCAUCAAGAACUUCGUUCAUCUCCUCAAUGAUAGUGAUUUCGACUUCGAUGAGGAGAUUGAAUUCGAACGCCUGCGGAAGACCGUGGUCCAACAUGUGCGCCAGAACGAGCUCGCCGAGCAAUACAUCGACCAACUCGACAUCAAAAUCGCCCUCCUCGUCAAGAACAAGAUCACCCUCGACGAAGUUGUGAAGCAUCAACGCCACUUUGGCGGCCACGUCGGCAGCCUGCUGCAGAACAAGGAGAUUGCUUCAGCCAACGCAUUCGACCUGAAGGCGCUCAACAAGAAUUCCCGAAAGAAGUUGGAGCAUUACCAAGAACUUUUCUUCAUGCUUCAAACUCAACCACAGUACCUUGCUCGACUGUUCAAGAGAAUCCGCGAGCAAGUCACUGCUGAGAAGGAAUGCAAACGUAUCGAGCUGCUCAUCAUGGGUCUUUUCGGCUUUGCUCAAAAGCGAAGAGAAGAGUACUAUCUGCUCAAGCUCGUUUCUCGUGCGAUCAAGGAAGAGGUGGACAGCUGUUCCUCACUACAAGAUUACCUCCGCGGCAACUUCUUCUGGUCCAAGAUCCUGAACAAUUACAUCCGCUCGCCGCGAGACCGCAAGUUCUUGAAGGACCUACUGGGGCCGCUCAUUAAGGAGAACAUCAUUGAGAACGAAGGCUUAGACCUCGAGAGCGACCCAAUGCAAAUCUACCGCUCAUCGAUCAACAACGAGGAGCUGCGAACAGGUCAGCGGAGUCGCAGAAAUCCGGAUGUGCCGCGCGAGGAAGCCAUUCGGGACCCUGAGACACGUGAAACGUUCAUCAGGCAUCUACAGGACCUCCGCGACAUCGCCGAUCUGUUCUUCGUCUCGAUGGAAGAUUUACUCCACCGGAUGCCGUACGGCGUUCGCUUCGUUGCCCAGCAGACAUUCGAGUUUCUCAGAGGCAAGUUCCCGCGCGAGGAUCAGCACUACCUUCUGCAAGUCGUGGGCCACUGGGUGUGGAAGACCUAUUUGCAGCCCGCUCUUACUCAACCGGAAACUUGGGGCGUCGUAGACCGAGGCCUCUCACCUUUACACAAGCGCAAUCUUGGUGAAGUCGGGAAGGUCCUCGGCCAGGUAGCAGCAGGCAAGCUGUUCGGCGGCUCCGGAGGCAAUGACAUCUACCUCCAGCCACUCAACCCCUAUCUCUCCGAAGCCUUUGGCCGGAUGGAAGACAUCUGGAAGACCCUCAUCAACGUCCCCGACGCCGAGCGCAAGUUCGACAUCGAAGAGUUCACCGACCUCUACGCGCGCACAAAACCAACCCUCUACAUCAAGCUGACCGACAUCUUCGCCAUCCACCAGCUAAUCGCAACCGACAUCUCCCACCUCUGCCCUGCAGCCGACGACUCCCUGCGCGAGCUGAUCCGCGAGCUUGGCAGCGCCGCCGCCAACGAGAGCGAAAUGCACGGCGUCGGCGGCACCGAAAUCCGGCUCCAGCUCUCCCCCAAACUCCACGACCUCGAAGACCCCGAAGCGCCGCUAAAAGCGCUCUUCAUGGAAACCAAGCGCUGCGUCCUCUACAUCAUCCGCGUGCAAACCGGCUCAAACCUGCUCGACAUAAUGGUGCGGCCCAUCACGCCCGACGACGAAGACAGAUGGGACGCCCUAGUCCACGAUGAACUGGACUCCCACUCCACCACCGGCGCGACAAAGCCCCGCGGGGCAUACAUGGCCGACCACACCGCCCUCCUCGACAUCACCGGCCUGAGCUAUCCCGACCUCAAACGCACCUGCCUCGAAAACAUCCUCGCCCUCGAAAGCCACGGGCGCAUCACGCGCGCAAACCACUACCAAGACCUGCUCAACAGCAUCGCGCUCGACAUACGGACGAAGCACCGGCGGCGCAUCCAGCGCGCGCGCGAGCUCGACGGCGUGAAAGCGACGCUGGGGAACCUGAACGAGAAAGCCAGCUGGUUGGACCAGCAGCUGAAGUCCUACAACGACUACAUCGAGCAAGCGAUGGUAACCCUCCAGAACAAAAAGGGCAAGAAACGCUUCCUCAUCCCCUUCUCCAUGCAAUACAACCACGAGCGCGAACUCGCGCGCUCAGGCCGCGUGCCCAAGUUCGGCUCCUUCAAGUACUCCGCGCGCACGCUCGCCGAGAAAGGCGUGCUGGUCGCGUGGACAGGCUACGCAGAGCGGCAGUGGGACAAAGUCAACCUGACGAUCAGCAGCGACGAGGUGGGCGUCUUUCACAUCGAGGGCAGUGUCGGGAGCUGCAUGAUCCCUGGAGCCAGUGCCGCCGUGCCGUUGGAUGAUCUGCUGCAGGCGCAGUUCAACAACUGCCAGUUUAUGAAUCUGUUUGGGGAGGGGGCGUUGAGGUUGAACGUCAAUCUGUUUUUGCAUGUCGUGUUUAAGAAGUUUUAUCGGGAUGAGUAG